AUGGCUAGUGCACCAUGUAAUUUCCAUUUUCCACUCAUCAUCAUCCUCUUCUUAUCCCUGCAGUACCCUCAGCCUCUUGUAGUCGACGGGGCCCACGAUUACCGUGCCGCCCUGGAGAAAGCCCUUUUGUUCUUCCAAGGCCACAGAUCCGGCAGCCUCAACGGCGUCCGUCAAGACCUCGCCUGGCGAGGCGAUUCCGGACUCACGGACGGGCAGUCGGAACACGUGAACCUGACGGGCGGAUAUUACGACGCGGGGGACAACGUCAAAUUCAACCUCCCCAUGGCCUUCACCGCCACCAUGCUCUCCUGGAGCAUCAUCGACUACGGCAAGCGGCUCGGCCCACAGCUGAGCGCCGCAAGAGUUGCGGUCCGCUGGGCCACGGACUACCUCCUUAAAUGCGCCACCGCCAGGCCCGGCACAUUAUUCGCAGGAGUCGGGGACCCGAACAAAGACCACGCCUGCUGGGAGAGGCCCGAGGACAUGGACACCGACAGGACUGCGUACUACGUGUCAGCAAGCAAACCGGGGUCUGACGUGGCGGGAGAGACGGCGGCGGCCCUGGCGGCGGCUUCCGUCGUGUUUCGGAAAGCCGACCCGAGCUACAGCAAGAAGCUUCAGGAAACUGCCGAAAGCGUGAUGGAUUUUGCCAACAAGUACCGUGGGGCGUAUAGCGACUCGCUCUCACCAUUCGUGUGCCCCUUUUACUGCUCUUACUCGGGAUACAUGGAUGAGUUGGGUUGGGGAGCAGCAUGGCUGUACAGAGCAACUAAGGAUGAUAAGUAUCUGAAAAUGUAUGAAUCAUUCAACAUCAACGACAGCCCCAACAUUUUCAGCUGGGACAACAAAUUCGCCGGUACAUAUGUUCUGUUAGCAAGGCGUAGUUUGGUGAACAAGGAUCCCAAAUUCAACGCCAUGAAUGCAAAAGCGCAAGAGUUCAUUUGCAAUAUACUGCCUGGUUCGUCCACACAGUACACACCAGGGGGCUUAAUAUACAAAAUAGAUGGAACCAAUCUUCAAUAUGUAACAGCAAUUACAGCAUUGGUUACAACGUACGCAAAAUACAUGUCGGCCACACACUCGCACACCUCUUUCAAAUGCGCUGAUCGCACGGUCACCGCGACUGUCCUACGGGACCUAGCUAGAAAACAAAUUGACUACAUCUUAGGGGACAAUCCAAUGAGAAUGUCAUACAUGGUGGGCUACGGGCCGAAUUUUCCCAGGAAAAUUCACCACAGAGGAUCGUCUAUGCCAUCGAUUCAUGUUUAUCGUAGCCAUAUCAAUUGUAACGAUGGAUUUCAGUAUAAGGAUUCCCCAAAGCCAAACCCAAACGAAUUGACCGGUGCCAUUGUUGGAGGUCCCGACUCGAGUGACCGCUUCAAUGAUGACCGGAAUAAUUACGGUCAGACGGAACCCGCCACGUACGUCAAUGCUGCCGCAAUCGGAACCUUGGCAUAUUUUGCUGGGGCAAAAGCUAAAUAA